AUGCCCCGCCAUCCACUGAAGACGAGAGAACUCUUGGAAAGAGUCAUUGUAAUAAAUCUCUUGUGCUACAAGACACACAUCAAAAUGCCUUCUCGCGCCGACAUCACAUACUUUGGCGCCGGCCCUGCCGCCCUUCCCACCGACGUCCUGGAAGCUGCCUCCAAGGCCCUCCUCGACUACAAUGGCACUGGUCUCGGCAUCGCCGAGCACAGUCAUCGCUCUGAGCUGGCCACCAAAAUCAUCAACGAGGCCAAGGCCGACCUGGCUAACUACCUCGAGUUCUCUCCCGAGAACUAUGAGGUCAUCUUCAUGCAAGCCGGUGGUACCGGAGAGUUCGCCGCCUCAGUCUACAACCUUGUUGGCGCCUGGGUGAGCAGACAACACGCCGCUCUCGAGAAGGAGCUCGGUGAUGAUGAAGAGGCUAUCCUGGCUGCUCUCCGCAAGAAGGUCGAGACAGAGCUCAAGGUCGAUUACAUCGUCACCGGUGGCUGGUCCCUCAAGGCUUACCAAGAAGCUCAAAGACUCUUGGGCCCCGAGUAUGUCAACCUCGUUGCUGACGCCCGCACCAUCAACGAUGGCAAGUUUGGCAAGAUUCCCGAUGAGUCGACAUGGAAGCUCAGCAAGGACGCCGCCUAUGUCUACUUCUGCGACAACGAGACAGUCGACGGCGUCGAGUUCCCGGCCUUCCCUUUGGUCCUCACCCCUGAUGCCAACGGAAACGGUCCUAUCGUAGUGGCUGACAUGUCCUCCAACAUUCUGUCCCGCCGCAUCCCAGUCAACAACUACUCUCUCAUCUUCUUUGGUGCCCAAAAAAACCUCGGCUCUACUGGUGUCACUGUUGCCAUCCUCAAGAAGAGCUUCCUCCCCCCUCACGCGGUCCAGCCCAGCGCUCCCCUUCUCAGGAAGCUCGGCUUGCCAAUUCCCCCCAUCAUCUUGCAGUACGAGAUUGUUGCCAAAAACAACAGCUUGUACAACACUCUGAGCAUCUUUGACGUCUACAUUGCCGGUCAGGUGCUCAAGAAGCUCCUCAACACCUACCCCGACAAGGUCGACGGCCAACAGGCUGUUGCUGAGAAGAAGGCUUCUCUCAUCUACGGCGCUCUGGAGGCCCACCCAGAUGUGUACCGCAUUGUUCCUGACAAGACCGUCAGGUCAAAGAUGAACAUUUGCUUUAGGGUGACAAAGAACGGAGACACAGACGAGACCGAAAAGAGCUUCCUCAAGGCUGCCACCGUCUUGGGCUUGACUGGUCUCAAGGGCCACCGCAGCGUCGGCGGCAUCCGUGCCUCCAACUACAACUCCAUCCCUCUGGAAGGCGCCGAGAAGCUGGCCAAGUUUAUCCAUGACUUUGCAAAGGCUUCCUGA